GGGAAAAUAAAGGAAAAUGAAGGAAAAUAGAUAAACAAGGAAAAAUAGAAAAAUUGGCAUACGCUUUAAUUAAUGGUGAAGUACCCCUCUGGUAGGGCAGCGCUUGAGCUUUUGAUUCAAUGCAAUGCCGUGUCCGUCCAGGCAGCUCGGUGGGCGCGGCCCUCACCUUCCCGCUGUGCGGCGCGCUCGUGCAGACCAUGGGCUGGCCCACCGUGUUCUACGGCAGCGCCCUGCUCACGGCCCUGUGGCUCGCCGCCUGGCUCCUGCUCGUCUACGACUCGCCGGCCAAGCACCCCCGCAUCGCACCCGAGGAGCGGCGCGCCAUCGAGAAGGCCAUCGGGAACCUCGUGAGCGACUCCAGGACGCAGCGCACCCCAUGGCGCAGAAUGCUGCUGUCCGGACCCAUGUGGAUCAACGUGGUGGCGCAGUGGGGCGGCAUCUGGGCGCUCUUCACCCUGCUCACGCAGGCCCCGACCUACUUCAGCAACGUGCACCACUGGGGCGCCGGCAUGUCCGGUUUGCUGUCCGGGGUGCCACACCUGUGCCGGAGCGCCAUCGCCACACUCGUCUCGCAGGUCGGCGACAACCUCCUCCAGAAGGGCGUCAUCUCGAGGACCACCCUGCGGAAGACUGCAACCGCCAUUUGUGACAUCGGCAUGGGUCUCUUCGUGCUCGGCCUGGCGUGGUCAGGGUGCAACGCCAUGUCUGCCGUCAUCUGCCUGACGCUCGCCACCGGCCUCCAUGGCGCGGUGUCCACCGGUCCACUGGCCAGCGUUGUAGACAUCAGUCCAAACUUCGCGAGUAUAGUUCUGGGGAUAUGUGCCUGUAUUACGGCCAUGCCAGGUUUCAUCUCGCCGUACAUAGUCGGUCAGCUGACUCUAGGAAACCAAUCAACCGAACAAUGGAAAAAAGUUUUCCUGAUUAGUGGGCUGAUGUCCAUUGGAGCUGGACUUCUUUAUGUGAUCUUGGCAGACUCUGAGGUGCAACCAUGGAAUAACCCUGAACUUGAGAAUUCAGAUCAAGAAAAAGAGAUGAAACCUCUUAGUGCAAAAAAGGAAGACUGUGCAAAAACAUAAAGAAGUUGUAUGUGAUAAAAAAGACUGAAAUAUAAAGUCCAAAAAUUACCAAACUACACUUAAAAUGGGGGAGAAGAGGAAAGGCUACUUAAUUAGAACAUAAGAAAAGAUCCAAGAAGAAACAUUGAAUUUAAACAUUAUUUUCAACAACCUUCUUGUUGAACAAAGGUGGCAAUGUUGUCUCUUGUCUUAAACCAGACUGCUGGAACAGGAAAUAAGAUAAGCAUAACAAUACACCCUGUAGAAAGGUAACAAGUCUUUCACUCAAGAAACAUACUUUGCUUUUCAUAUAGCUGUUCAAAAGUCUACGAAGCUCUUCAUUUUGCCUUGCAAGUGCACGAGCUUCAUUGUUCAGUUUGUGGCGCUCUGUAAAUAAAAUUUAUUAGAAAUUUCUGAUGAGAAACAUUUAAAAUUAUU